AUGGUGCUUUUUUUCUCUUCCAGAUUGCCUCCACUCCUUCUCCCGUAUGCUUUUUGCUGCAACCACUACUUUGGUGUGCUUAUGCGAUUACUUCAAUCUGUGAUUUUCGCCAGAACCACCAAUCAUCUGUCAACCACCUUCCACGCUUCACAAUGGCCGCCUCCCCUCAUGGCUCCUUGUUGUUUGAUCCACACUCAGCACCGAUACGAUGACUUUCGCGAUGUACCAGACCCAUACGAGGUGCUGCAGGUGAAACCAACAGCAUCCCAGGCUGAAAUUCGCUCCGCUUACUAUGCCCAAUGCAAACUGUUUCACCCGGAUCGUUUACAUACAAAUUGUCCUGCUACCUCGGGGGCUGGUGUGCAGGCAUUCCAACGGCUGUCCGCCGCGUACGCGCUCCUGAAUGAUCCAGCGACUCGUCGCAGGUAUGAUGAUUAUCGGGCAAACCACCUCGGAACAUGGUUCCCUAGUCGUGAUUCCUCUAUACAUCCGGCUUCGGACCUAGACCCCCCUUUUGAUUUUCACCGCGCUCGUGAUAUAUUCCACACCCAACGUGCUUCAUCGCCACGAAGAGCCUCUUACACGUCUGGUCCCACAUCGACUUCCGACAGACCCGGGGCCGGGGCCGGGGAUCCACGCUGGAACCCCUCUUAUUGGCAUUUGUCCAACCAUGUGUGGCAACCUGCUAGGCGGUGGCGUUUAUCUUGCUACGCUCGGUGGUGCUUGACUUCAUAUGUUGUCGUCGCCACUGUAUCUAUCAUUGGUUUUGCUUCGUUUUGCGACCCGGGGAACUGAACACUUUUACCCUCUCUCCAUAGCUUCAUUUGUUUUCUUUGAUUCGACAGUGCUGCAUGUUCACCCUUCGUGAGUACGUAAACCACAUCCUUGAUUUGACGUAUGCUUACCUUGUGCGGUCUUUGAAUAAUUCGGGCCGCAUUUUGCUCGUACCACCAAUUUUUCUUGUUCGUUUCCCACCGCAACCCGAAUGUAAUCAAGAGCCCAGAUUGACCAGCUUUGAGGAGAGCUACUUCUUUGACAUCACUCGGUGAGUGGUGCUCCCGAAUCCCCACUGGUAAAAUGAUGUUGGAUCGCGAAGCAUAUAGCUCACACUGUAUCAGGAGACCGUAUGUUCUUCGAGAGUACCUAACGUGCACGCGUUCAUGACCUGCUAUCAAAUGGGCAUGCACGUCUAGUGUAUUGGAUAGGGGCUCACUCAGAGAAAUCUUAUCAAAUCAUGCCUUCUCCAACUACUUGGAUGUUGUAUGAUUUCCAGUCGAAACAAGCUUUACCACUUUUAUGAAGUCAUUUCAUUCUGUGUGGGUCAAUUUGCAAUAUCAGAUCUCUCUGAUAGCACAAAUCCAAAUCAAUGCCGGUUUUCCAAAAAAAACCUAUCAAGACUAUAUAGCGGGAGUGUACAUCUGUGACGACGAAAAUAUGUCCUUGUUUAGUUUUUCAACUGAAUACUCGGAGUUCACCUGGACUUGGCCGAUGUGGUGAUGAAAACGAUGGUCACUUCUGGAGCGGACUCGCAAACAGCCAAGCACCAUGACUCUACGGGUAAUGCAGAAUAAUCAACAGCAAAAGCUAACUUAUGCUAUGCACAGCAUACCUAACACGCCUUGUCAGACCCUCACCGCUUGCGUCCGUUCGUGUGUGUGUGU